AUGGGCAUUGUCGUAAGCGCAAUAUCGAAUGUAUUGUAUGUUUCUGAAAAAAUAUCGCUUUGCUUCACUUGUACCGUUUUAUUGUACUGUAAAAUGAUUACUUUGGUCGCCACUCUGUGUCUGGGCAUCGGUCUUGGUUACAACUACUGCUUUGUGGAUAUGAAGACCAGAUUCAGAUAUGUCUCAGGCGAUUCAGAGGGAUUUCGCCGUCAUGGGCCAAAAGGUCUCUUCAAUCGUGUCGAGCCUAAACGUCAAAUACCAAUCAAAGAAGUCCUGGAUUUUGAAGACGAUGAGCUUGGAACAUCCUCCGAAUCUGAAACGAUGUUUGAAACAUCUACAACAACUAUGUUACCCAAUACCACCAAAGCAUCAUCUAACAAUGCAACAGUUGGAUCUUCAACAACGAUAACGAACACAUCAACAGUUGCUGAAUCAAUAAGUCCUCCGAAAAUGGUUAUACCGAUCAGUGGUUUAGACCUUAUUGCUUUGUUGUCAAAGUUGAGAACGGAAAAUCGAAAUUACUCAUUACAGAUAGUUACGUCUUGA